UCUCAUGGCUUCUUUCAGCGCUGCGUCCCUCCUGGCUCUGAGCUCCCUGAUCUGUCACCUGGCUGCUUCCUCUGAAGCCCAGAACCUGAACCUGACAGCUCAACCUGGAGACAAUGUCACCCUGAGCUGUCAGGCUCCUGAUGUCGACAUCGCAGCAGCAGAGUGGAGCAGAACUGACCUGAAGGAACUAGAACCUGUGUUCCUUUAUCGAGACGGACGCAUUGAGUCAGACUACCAGCAUCCAUCUUUUAAGAAGCGGGUGGAGCUGAAAGACAAAGAGAUGAAGAACGGCGACCUGUCUGUGAUCCUGAAGAACGUGACGGAGGAGGACAAUGGAACAUACGAGUGUCGCUUUGUACCUGCUGCUGCCAAACGCAGGAAGAGAUCUGUUAUUAAAGCUGAUCCCAUCAGCACCAUCAGGCUGGAGGUUGUAGAUCCAGACACUUCAGAUGGAGACAAAAUGAGUCACGACUCUGUGAAUGACCAUGAUGAACCUGCUGGGCGUAGUCAUGUUGCAGUGCCUGUAGUUGCUGUACUAAAACAAAAAGCAAGUGGAGAACACAGUCAGGAGAACAGUGAGGAUGUAUCGGGGGAGGACGUGGCUCUGGAGGUAGAGCGGUUGUCUGGUAACCAGAGGGCUCCCGGUUCAAUCCCCAGUUCCUCCAGAGUUUGUCAAAGUGCCCUUGAGCCAGAUACUGAACCCCUCAACGCUCCAGAUGGAUAG